CGCGACAUCCCCGUCCAAAGACAGAUUCACAUUCGGCGACCUGGGUCAUUGUUUUCUGAAAUCGCAGUUGUCGUUGGGGUUUCUCCCGCAGAGAAAAGCCGGCGGUGGAACCAAUACGAGGGCAGCGGACCCCGCAUUUUGGCGAGAUUGUUCCCUAUCGAUUCUGAGAUAUCCCAUCAGCAUCAGCGGGAAUCGGCGCCGACAUUUGGCAUGUAAUGGCCGAAAAUAUACGCUGCACAUCGAACUGUAUUAGUCCCGAGGACCCCGAUGAGAACCUGAAAGCCGUUUCGCCGCAUCCCGGCAAUUUGUAGUUCAGACCGGAUCGACUGGGUUUGCUAGCAAUCUCAGGAAAAAGACUUCAUGAUUCCGAGAAAGACAGGCGUGAGAUCGCCCUCUGCAGUAUCCGUCGCAGGAGAUGACGACGCGAUUUCAAUGGCGUCCACGACCGCCACCGACGCAGUACCGCCAUUGACCCGGCAGACAUCAACCGAUUCGUCGUCAAACUCCUCAAUAGACACAAGCAUGGCCAGUAGCAUCCUCGGAGACGGGCACUUGCUGGAAGAAUCUCAAGAUGGAACAUUGACAGUACCAUCUCGAUGUCGGGAAGACGCCGACUUGCUGUGCCCCUUCCAAAUCCUCGAUUGUGAGCAGGUCUUCGCCGAUAUCGUUCCUUUCAAGAUGCACGUCUUUUCACACUUCCGAGGACAUGAGCUGCCAACAUCUGCCAGUUGUUUCCUCUGCGACAACAAAUACGUCCAGAGAGCGGACGACGACCCAGCUCUUGCCUGGAAUAACAUGCUUUCGCAUAUGGUACAUGACCAUUUCCGCAAAGGACAACAAUUGGCCACUGUUAGGACGGACUUCGGUCUGAUGAGGUGGAUGUUCAGUAAGAAGAUUAUCAAUGAGCAUCAGUUCAAGCGGACACAGAUGGUUCCUGUCACGAUCCAGCUUCCCGGAGCGAUGAAUGUGAGAAGGCAACUCAUGAGCUUUUCGGAACUACCGCAGGUGCCGUCAGCAACGCCGCCAGCUGCGGUCAUGGCACACAUGGCUCGAUCAGUGGGUUAUCAGAAUGAGGCCUUCACCAUCAACGCUGGACGGAGGGCUGAAAGACGUCGGCUUGAUGCGACCCGGAGCAUGGUUCGAGCUCAGAGUUAUUCGUGAUGAAUUGAAACCAAAAAAGCUGUUUCAUGCCGGGAUUGAAUGUUCGUGGGUACAAUUACGUCCGUUGCCAGGUUAGCUGCCACGGUUCGAGAUUUCGUUUUCAGAGGCGUUUGGGAAGCUUCGUAUUGAGGAUGCAGGGCUGCUCUUUCGUCCUCAUGGAGCGAGAGCGGUCAAAGAUUAGCAUAUGUUCACAACAAGGCGGUCAGUCAGGUCUGCGUGUCGCCUUUUCAAUGGCUGCAAUUUGUUUGGGCUUCGAAGAGGCGUUCUUGCAAUUGGUCUGGGCUGGGCUGGGUCUGUCAGUCGUUUCUCGCAAUCAGUCAGUGGUCUAGCAAGGCUUCCUUGCAGAUGUAGGAUCAUCUCGUAAUACCCUGUGCGAAGGUUCGGGAGGAAUUAAU